UCACUGAUAGGGUAGUUGUCUACUUAAAUUUUCGGAAAAUUAUUUUUCUCUUCUUUCUUGAAACAUAUCACGCGAUUGAUUUGGUAAUUUUUUAAAAAUUACUUAGAUUUAAUAAAUUAAAAAAUGAAAUAUGAUACACUUUCAUUGUAUGAACAGAGGAAAUGAGUGGGAAAAACAUUUCUUCAUACACUUUGACUUGUCAUUUGUUCUUUCAUAUGACUAAUUUCUAAAAAUGAUUAUGAGCCAUGUCGACAGAGACGGAUAAUCUUAGUAGAAUAAGGGGUGUUGGCCAGGGUGAUGGAUCUCCUGGCAGACCCCCUGGGCGCCCAAUGCGCCAGUUGGAGUUUAAUCAAGCUAUGUCUGACUUUCGACAUAUGUUUCCUGAAACGGAUGAAGAGGUAAUUGAAGCUGUCUUGAGGGCCAACAAUGGAAUGGUAGAUGCCACUAUAGACCAAUUACUGACUAUGAACAUCGAUUCUGAUGUAGCUGGCGAUGAUGAUGAUUUAUCUGAUCAUAUUUUAAUGUCAGUAGAGCGAGAUGUUCAACAACAGCAAUCCCAAUUUUCACUUUCUGGUUCCAGGAGAUCUGGUAGAGAGUCGAAAUCAACCAAGAAGCCUCCUAUAUCAGAAUCAUUGGAAAAAAGUUCCAAAGAUGGAGAAGAUUGUCCGCCAUCCUAUACAGAAGCUGUGCAAUCUCAUCUUACCACUCAUCAUCACCGUAGCAACAAUGGUCGCAGUAGGCAUCGCAAUUCUCCCACUUUGGCAGUAAAUAAUGGAGGGGGCCAUCAUCUUCGCCAUUCACUAGGCACCAUGCAACAUUUACUGGAUUUGGGACCAGACACAGCACCAGCCGGUGUACCUGGAACAACAAGCUCCACACCCAAAACGCACGGCCAUCAUCAUUCUGCUCAUCAUCAUGGCUAUCACCACGCCCCAAGAUCUUCCAACCACCAUCGUCGACGAGGUGAGACCCUUGAUGGUUCGCCCCACAAGCCUCGCCCAGGAAGGAACCUUCUUGCACCCAUGGGAAGUUACAGCCCAAAUCAAGAUCUAGUCAAUGAUGAUUCAUGCUUUCGUCCCCAAAGAAAAGGAUCUCUGGACAGUAGUGACUUUUCAUCAGAUACUCCACCAGGUUUUGGAAGGGAAAAAAGUCCCCAUCGGUGGAGGUCUUCCCAUAAAGAGUCUACCAGUGUCAAAAGACCAGUCUAUAGAAAUUGGAACCCUCCUCUGUUGGGAACUUUGCCUGAUGACUUUCUUAGGAUAAACCACCCACCAGCUAUACCACAAAGACCAGUUAAAUCAGGAGUUCAGCUGCAUAGAGCAGCGUCAGCUGUUGGACCAGAGAGGCCACGCUUCUACCCCACCUCUCCAACUAUAUUAUCAACAGACUCAAAUGCCCGCCACAGUACUAGUCAUAUGAAACAGCGACCUUCUCAGAAACCACACCGCUCUUUAUCUUUUGCUGGUCACACAAAUCAGAACAAGAGGCCCCAAAAUAUACACUCUUCUGGGUUGGCUCAACAUGAAUUUAGUUCAGACAUUUUACAUGAAAGAAUGAAAGAAAAUGAACGCAGACGAAAGCUGACUUCAAUUGAUGUUGAUCCUGAUUUGACCCAGUAUUUAGAAGAUGAGAGACUAGCUAUUAUGCUACAGAAUAGUGAAUUUUUACAAGAAUUACGAGGAGAUAGAAUGUUUAUGAUGACUCUGGAAAAAGACCAAAGAAUGACAGAAAGUGAAAAGACUAAGCCAGAAGUACCAGCAGAUCCUUUAACACCACCUGAUUUAGAUAACAGAGAUUUUAUAGAGGGCUAUGGAGAUGAUCGUAGUGAUGCCUUGGAAUUACCUUUUACGCCAACUGUACCACAUCAUGCCAAUGAAGAUGUAGAGCUAAGAAAAAAGUUGUCAAAUAUGGGCAAAGCCUCCAGGAAGCAAUUUGCUGCCUUGGCAAGACGAUUCUUUUUGAAGCGAAAGAAAAAGUCUGCACAGCAAAUCUUAAAGGAAUCUCAGGCACCUUCGAUGAUGAAUUUGUUAGAUGAGGAUGAAGAUGAGGCUGAAGAUGAUAGUUUUGAUAAUGGGGAACACAACACAGGCUCAGAAAGUUUAAAUAGUUCAACUCAUAACGAGAAUCAUUCAGUGUCUACACAGUCUUGGAGCAGUGUGCAACCAAGACAACACUUUGAUGUUGUUUAAACUCUCAAGCUGAACAGCUCAGAAACUGGCUCCUUUUCUGUAACAUGAAAAACUGAUGUUAUCAAUAUUAUUUUAGUAGUUACACAAAAGAUAGAUUUUUUUGUGAAUUGUGAUGUACAUUAAAUUAUACAAAACUUGUACAUGUCUUUACUCUUAAAAUAUAUUAAUCAGUUAAAGUUGAUUGUAUAAAAAGAUAUGUUGAAUUGGUGUUUGUUUAUAAACUGUAAUCUAUAUUUUCUUCAGUAUUUAAGUCUGAUUAUUGUAUAUAUGAUUUAUUUUUUUUGUCAUAUAAAUUUUAAACAAUUAUUGUUUUCCAUAGAUACAUUUUUCUUAAAUCAAAACUUUUAGCUACCAGAUUACAAUACUCAAUUUAUUGUUUUGUAAAUAAUAAUUUUAAAAAGUUUCUUAAAAUUAUUUGUUGUUUUGCAGCCCAUAGAGCUUAUAUUUCCUCAUUUUUAUACAAAUCUAUAUUUGACCUUGUAUAGUUUUUAAUACUUAUAAAAUAGUUUGAUAAGCAUAAAUUAAUAAGUUUUUAAGUUAUUUUUCACUUAAUUAAAAUUGAAUUUACUCUAUCAUUUUAACUAUAUCACUGUACCAAAUAACUUAGACUUAGUUCUCGAUAUGAUGUAAACUAAACAAGUUUUACAUUGCAGUUCAAAGUACUAAAAAUCUCCAUAACUACUGCAUUUGUAGGUGUAUUUUAACCAAAGAUAGUUAAUGCUUUUCUUUGUUGUACAUAAUGUUUAUAUCUCUGAUUAGAAAAGUUGAUCCUGAACCUCUGCUGUGAAAUGGCAAACGAAAAUAGAUACUAAACUAGCAAGCCGAUUCUUGCUGUUUACUUGUUAAUUUAUGGCAUGAUUGGGUAGUGAAUGUUUAAUAUCAUGGGAUAUUAAUGUCCAUCAUUUUAUGGUUGUGUGGAUCGUAUGGAAUAUUCAUCGAGAUAAACUCAUUACACAAGUUAGUACUGUCAUCAUCCUUAUGUGGUUUAAAUCUGACAAUUUUUCGUUAAUUUUUUUUCUUAAAUCUCACUAGUAUUUUUUUAAAAAUCAAAUUGUGUCAGCUAAAUAACUCUAGACCAAUUCUCAUUUUGUUUUUGUUACAUAACUCUGAUAUUAACACAGUGGUGAUUUGUGUCAUUUUUACCUCAGUUAAUUGUACAGUAGACAACACUCUGCUGCAUUUUAUUCCAUAUUUUGUUGUAUUUAUAUACAAGUGAUUGGAGCCCAUAUCAGGAAAGGCUGUAAGCUCAUAUAGUCAAGUAUAUUGUCUUGUAUAUUUGAAGUUUGACAGCUCAUAUUGUCUUGUAUAUUUGGUAAAGUUUGACAGCUCAUAUUGUCUUGUAUAUUUGGUAAAGUUUGACAGCUCAUAUUGUCUUGUAUAUUUGAAGUUUGACAGCUCAUAUUGUCUUGUAUAUUUGGUGAAGAUUGACAGCCCAUUUUAUAUUUAUUUUGAACCAAAAUAAGGCAUGUUUUCAGUUGUAUAUUUUCUACACUAAAUGCUGUAGAUAUUGACAUGUAUAUGCUUGAGAACUGCACUGAUUUCAAAGGUGCCUAUUGUAUCAUACAUGUUUUUUAUUAGAAGAACUCCCUAAAUGGGAAUCAAUCUCUAUUUAAUAAUUUAUUUUAUUUUUUAAACAAUUGUUUUUUUUUAACUUAGGGACAAUCCUACCCGUCUUGAGACUAACACAAUUUUGGUAAAGUUUUAAUAAUCUCUAUAUUGUAUAGGUUUAUUUCGCAAGUAUUUUUUAAUAUAUUUUUAGACAUUGAAAAGAUGUUCUCCCACCAAUUACUGCAAUAAAAUGUUUGUUAAAUAGGUCUCCAUGACAUAUGUUAAAGUUUUUUAAUUUAUACUUACAUGUUAUAAUUUGUAUACAAUGUUGAUAGGGUAUAUGAAAGGACUCAAUUGUUGCAAUAUUUCAACUGGACCAUAAAGUAUUGGUCAUCAGCAUUAUUCUUGUACUGACACAAGUUCUGUGGGAUUUGGUUGAACUGUGGUUCACUCCUUCAAUGCAUGCUUGUUUUUGUUUUUUUUAAAUAUGGAACAUUUAUUUAUUGUACAUUUUAGCUAACUUGUUAUGUUAAUACCAGCAACACAUCGUAACCCAUCCCUGCACCAAAACUAACCUCUCCAAAAAAAAACUACCAGUCACUUUAUAUUUUCAUGUCAGUGUGAACCCUUGUCCUUUAGUUUUAUUCAACUCACACAUCCAGAUUUAAGACAUCACUCUCAAAUAAUUUUUUGCCAACCUUGUAAAUAAUUAUGUUAAUGGUUUUCCUCUUACAUAUAAGAAGGCCACAUGGGUUGGCAACUUUUUUUUUAUUAUUAAAAUACCAUUGUUAUAAAAAUGAAUCUGCUAAAAAAUAUAUAAAUAGUCCUACUGAAAAUUAUAUAUUCCGAUACUUAAACCUGCAGAAAGUACAUUAAAAGAAAGUUAUCUUAUUUUUUUUAGUAAGUUUAUAAACCAGAUGAAUAGCGCUGCAUUAUAUAUUCAAGACAUGCUGCCAGUGAGAAGCAGAUUGCAGACCUCUGUGAUUUUAGAAUUUACCAAAAGUGAGACGUCUGUGAUGGUUGAGGAAUUGUUGAUUAGCUGAUGUCAAAUUAAAAGCUGGGGACUUGCACGUUAAAUAUCUAAAAGACUGAUUAAAUAUUUAAGUGUAGUAAAAAUUAUAAUUUAAAGUUUUAAAGUUUAUUUUUCACCUUAAACUUUUUAUAAGGACUAUUAGUAAGAGGUCUGAGCUUCCAAAUCAGCUCUACAUCUGUUAGAUUCUGCUAUUGUACUUAAACCAAAGUUAUUAAAACUUUUCAGCUAA